CCGCCCGUCCCGGGGAGCCGCCGCUCGGAACCGGCUCCGGUUGAGGGGGAGCGGAACCUUCCCGCCGAGCUUUCUCGCUGCAGCUGCUGUUCCAAGGGAGGAGGCUUUACCCUGGCUGAAGGCACUGCUUUCUCUCCAUGCUUCUCUAGAGGUGUUCAGAUGGGAUUAAAGUCCACAUGGAGAUAUGGAAAUGGACCAGGAAUUUACUCUAAAAAGAUGGUCAGCUGGGAUUCGGGUUGCCUUAUCUGCCUGGUGGUGGUCACCAUGGCUGGACUUUCCCUGGCUCGACCUUCGUUUAAUUUAGUUGUUGAAGAUGCCACGCUGGAACCUGAAGAGCCACCAACCAAAUACCAAAUCUCUCAGCCUGAUGUCUAUUCAGCACUCCCAGGAGAACCGCUUGAGUUGCGCUGUCAGUUGAAAGACGCCGUCAUGAUCAGUUGGACUAAGGAUGGGGUCCCUCUGGGGCCUGAUAAUAGGACAGUGAUUAUUGGGGAAUACUUACAAAUUAAGGAUGCUACACCCAGAGAUUCGGGCCUCUAUGCUUGCACUGCUGUUAGGACCCUAGACAGUGAUACUCUGUACUUCAUUGUAAAUGUUACAGAUGCUCUUUCCUCUGGGGAUGAUGAAGAUGACAAUGAUGGGUCCGAGGACUUUGUGAAUGACAGCAACCAGAUGAGGGCACCAUAUUGGACACAUACAGACAAAAUGGAGAAGAGGUUGCAUGCGGUGCCGGCGGCCAACACCGUCAAGUUUCGUUGCCCGGCGAUGGGAAACCCAACCCCAACCAUGAGGUGGCUGAAAAAUGGGAAAGAGUUUAAACAAGAGCAUCGCAUUGGUGGAUAUAAGGUCCGGAACCAGCACUGGAGUCUCAUCAUGGAGAGCGUGGUCCCAUCUGACAAAGGGAAUUACACCUGCAUUGUGGAAAACCAGUAUGGAUCCAUCAAUCACACCUACCAUCUCGAUGUUGUGGAGCGAUCACCACACAGGCCCAUCCUCCAGGCUGGUCUGCCAGCAAAUGCCUCAGCAGUGGUUGGAGGUGACGUUGAGUUUGUCUGCAAGGUCUACAGUGAUGCUCAACCUCAUAUCCAGUGGAUAAAACAUGUCGAGAAGAAUGGCAGUAAAUAUGGACCAGAUGGGCUGCCCUACCUUCAGGUGUUAAAGCACUCGGGGAUAAAUAGUUCCAAUGCUGAAGUGCUGACACUGUACAAUGUGACAGAGGCGGACGCUGGAGAAUAUAUUUGUAAGGUCUCCAAUUAUAUAGGGGAGGCCAACCAGUCUGCCUGGCUCUCUGUUCUGCCAAGUAUACAAGCUCCUGAGAAAGAGAAAGAAUUUCCAGCAUCACCAGACUACCUGGAAAUAGCAAUUUACUGCAUAGGGGUCUUCUUCAUUGUCUGCAUGGUGCUGACAGUCAUCCUGUGUCGCAUGAAGAACACCACCAAGAAGCCGGAUUUCAGCAGCCAGCCCGCGGUCCACAAGCUGACAAAGCGAAUCCCUCUGCGCAGACAGGUAACAGUGUCAGCUGACUCCAGCUCCUCCAUGAAUUCCAACACUCCCCUGGUGAGGAUCACCACUCGCCUCUCCUCUACUGCUGAUGCCCCCAUGCUGGCAGGAGUCUCAGAAUAUGAAUUGCCAGAAGACCCAAAAUGGGAGUUUCCAAGAGAUAAGCUGACGCUGGGUAAACCCCUGGGAGAAGGUUGCUUUGGGCAAGUUGUCAUGGCUGAAGCAGUGGGGAUUGAUAAAGACAGGCCAAAAGAAGCAGUGACUGUGGCAGUCAAGAUGUUGAAAGAUGAUGCUACAGAAAAAGAUCUGUCUGACCUGGUGUCAGAGAUGGAGAUGAUGAAGAUGAUUGGGAAGCAUAAAAAUAUCAUCAAUCUCCUUGGAGCCUGUACCCAGGAUGGUCCCUUGUACGUGAUAGUGGAAUAUGCUUCCAAAGGAAACCUGCGGGAGUACCUGCGAGCACGCCGUCCCCCAGGGAUGGAAUAUUCCUUCGAUAUUAACAGGGUCCCAGAGGAGCAGAUGACAUUCAAGGACUUAGUGUCAUGCACAUACCAACUGGCAAGAGGCAUGGAGUACCUGGCAUCCCAAAAAUGUAUCCAUCGAGACUUGGCUGCAAGAAAUGUUUUGGUAACUGAAAAUAAUGUCAUGAAAAUAGCAGACUUUGGUUUAGCCAGAGACAUCAACAAUAUAGAUUAUUAUAAAAAGACUACUAAUGGACGGCUUCCAGUAAAGUGGAUGGCUCCAGAAGCUCUGUUUGACAGAGUUUACACCCAUCAAAGUGAUGUUUGGUCAUUUGGGGUGUUAAUGUGGGAGAUCUUCACGUUAGGAGGAUCACCCUACCCAGGAAUCCCAGUGGAGGAACUUUUUAAGCUGCUUAAAGAAGGGCACCGGAUGGAUAAACCUGCCAACUGCACCAAUGAACUCUAUAUGAUGAUGAGAGAUUGCUGGCAUGCUGUGCCUUCCCAGAGACCAACUUUUAAACAGUUGGUAGAAGACUUGGAUCGGAUUCUCACUCUCACAACUAACGAGGAGUAUCUGGACCUCAGUGGACCUCUUGAACAAUAUUCACCUAGUUACCCAGACACGAGGAGUUCGUGUUCUUCAGGUGAUGACUCUGUUUUUUCUCCUGAUCCAAUGCCUUAUGAACCUUGCCUUCCCAAGUACCAACACAUGAAUGGAAGUGUUAAAACAUGAAAAGAAACCAGACAGAGGAAUAGAGAGACAUCAAGCUACCUACCAUAUACAAAACAAAAAUCUUUUCUCCAGGACCUUAAUGUUUCUGCUUGUACAUAUGAUAUAUGGAAAGGAAAAAAAAAAAAAAGGAAAAAAAACACCAAACCAGAGAAAACUUGGAGGAAAGGAGACAUUAAAAAAAAAAAAUCUCAUAUUUGCAUCUUUUAAAUAUUCCCAACAAAGAAGAAUGUUUAUGAGCUGUGUCUAGAUACCCACUGCUAUCAGUUUUCUGGCUUCCUGUAAGCUGCACCAGACUUGGUUUGUACAAUGGACCAGUUGGACUUGAGGCAAACUCUGGGUCUGCCUUUCUUGUUUAUUUUGUAAUAUUUGGAGAAAAUAUAUGUUGGCACACACUUACAGAGCACAAAUGCAGUAUAUAGGUGCUGGAUGUAUGUAAAUAUAUUCAAAAUAUGUAUAAAUAUAUAUUAUAUAUAUUUACAAUGAAUUAUUUUUUGUAUUGAUUUAAAAAAAAUGGAUGUCCCAAUCCACCUAGCAAAUUAGUCUCUUUUUUAACAGCUAUUUGCUAAAUGCUGUUCUUACACAGAAUUUCUUAAUUUUCACCAUCCAGAGGUGGAAAAUACUUUGCUUUCAGGGAAAAUGGUAUAUCGUUAAUUUAUUAACUAAUUGGUAAUGUACAAAACAGUUAAUCGUUUAUAGGAUUGUUGUGUUUUUGUAAUUUAAAUGGCAUUUCUAUGCAGGCAGCACAGAGAACUAGUAGGUGUAUUGCUCAGACUUUACUAGUUUUCAGAUCUUUUUGUUUUUUUUAAAAAAAAAAAAAAGAAAUAUUUACAGUAUAUAACUAAUUGGGGGGAAUUAAACUUUUGAUUUAUUUGUGUUUAAAAACUGCAGUGUCAGAUGAUUGUUCUUCUCAAAACCAAAUCCUUUAACAAGAGUCUUUUAUUCUCAAUACCUGUCACUUUAACACUUUUAACUCCUUAGCAAUGUUUCCCGUGGCCAAAAAGCAGAAUCAUUACACACACCAAAAGAAAAAAAAAAAAGAAAAAAAAAAAAAAAAGAAAAAGUUUUAAAGAGGGUUCUUAAAUAAAGGAAAGACAUGAAUUUGUCUAUAACCAUAGCAGAACAGACUGCUCUAAAAGGAGCUGAGCUUCUAUCCUGAGUUGCACAUGCAUCAAAUUAACUCUGAAGCUCUUCCCUGAGUUGGGAUAAUAGGUUCCAGAUUCUUUGGCCUGGAUCUUUUUGCCUUUUAGACUGUCCCUCUAUUGUAACUUAAGUUAAAAAGAGAGAAGUUGUUUAUAAUGACAAUUUGCCAUAGGAAUAUCAGCAUCUUUUAAGGGAUUAAUUCAUGCUGACUCCAGUCUUUCCUUUUGAUCCAUUCCAUACCAGUAAGUACAGCACUGGCCUCUGCUAAAACAUCACUGUUGUCUGUAUCUUUUUUUAGGGAAUUCUUGUGCUUUUUCUUUCAGAACACUCACACUGAUAUGGCCAUGCAAUAUGAAUGCAAACUAAACUGUUUUAUGUGGUGGUGUUUUUGGUGUUUGGGGUUUUUUUGUUUUUGUUUUUGUUUUGUUUGGUUUUUUUUUUAAAAAAAAAAAAGAAAAAUAAAUGGGUAAAAG